CGUAUUAACUCGCGUUCCCUUCGCACAGCUUUGGUCUAACUUGUAGGAGCAGAUUGAAUGCAAUGACACGGUUUGACCGGCAGGAGGCGCUGACGUCAGCCUGCGCGCGCAGGACAGUGAGAGGGGAGGAGCGGAGCCGGAGUUAAAGUAGCCGCGCACGGUGCGCGCGAGAGACACCGGAGCAAAGCGUUCUCGCUCGGGCAUCUCCAGGACUCGUGCUAGAAGCGCUCGCGUCCACCCACAUCUCUUAUCACGGUGCUGUCAACUUCUGCACGGCGUCGUACGAGACAGACGCGAACCCCGGAGAACAUGCUUGCGUACUUUGUGACGCGCAGUUAAACAGCAGAAGGCACUGAAUGAACAGCGCGCGCACAUCCGAGCGACGGAGCAAAACAAGGACGAGCGCACGAGCACACUUCAUGAGGAACACCUGGCUAUACUCAAAAGAUCUCAUUAGACUGUGAUGAGCAUCAUCAUCUUUCACAGACUCAAGACAGUGCCACAUUGGCUCUGAAAGGAAGUGAUGUCACGUCACCACCACCGGUUCGAGAGGGACUACCGGGGCGUGUGGGAGCGUCGUGAGCGGCCCGCACCCCUCCACAAUGGAGUGGCCAGUAACGCCUGCACACCCGCUGGCCCUACGCUUGCUAAUGGAAACAACCGGCCUGGUCUCCUUCCUCUCCCUGUUAUCCCCUCCCUCCUGCCCACUCCCGUCACCAUUGCCGUGACGACGAGCAGUAACGAGCUGGCCGCCAAACGUGCAGGGGUGCCGGUUUCAGCUCCGACAGUGAAGCCUGCAGGUCUUUCUCCUGGUGAGAAUCAAGCUCCUGCACUGCUCCUGGCUCCAGGCUUGAGGUGGGGCCAAACACCCAUCAACCAGUCCACGCCGUGGGAUACGGACGAGCCUCCAGUCAAACAGCACAGAGAGAACGACACGGCGGGGCCUCCAUGGGUGCCUCCGGUGGUUGCAGUGAGUCAGCCGAAUCUGUUAGCUCACUCGUACACACUGCCUCAGCCUCCUGCCUACAGCCAGGGAGCUUCUGUCCAGUCGCCUGUCAUUGGCGUAACCCCUGCCAUCCAGACCCCGGUUCCCCCUCACCACCCGCUCAUGACCGCACACUUCCAAGUUCCUCCGCACUCGUCCCAGCCGCCGGGCAACCUGGUGCUCAGCUUGCAGAACCAAUUACCUUACAGCACCAACCAGCCACCCAUCACGCCCUCGCCCAUGCCAGCCGGAGGACACAGCGUGGUGGGCAACGGGCACCUGACUCACCCACUCAUGCAGCUGCCCGCUCUGCCUUCCGCCGCACUGCCACUGACCAACGGGCAGCCGUCGCCCGUCUCGGCAAAUCAGGACGGCCCGAACGGGCUGCAGAUGCUACGUACGGUCGGCAUGGGGAAGUACGAGUUCACAGAUCCCGGGCAUCCUAAAGAGAUGUUGAAGGAGCUGAACCAGCAACGCAGAGAGAAAGAAUUUACAGACCUGAAAAUUGUAGUUGAAGGCAAAGAGUUUGAAGUCCACCAAAAUGUUCUAGCUUCCUGCAGCUUGUAUUUCAAGGACCUGGUGAAAAGGUCCCUCGGGGAGACGGGUAGUGGAGAGAAGCUGGAGCUGCAGAUGACCAACAUCAGUGCUGACGUGCUGGAGAUGCUCCUGGAGUUUGUGUACACCGGCUCACUCGUCAUCGACUCGGCCAAUGCCAAAACCCUGCUGGAGGCCGCCAACAAAUUCCAGUUCAACACAUUUUGCAAAGUCUGCGUGUCUUUCUUAGAGAAGCAGCUGACAGCAGGGAACUGCCUGGGGGUUCUGGCCAUGGCUGAGGCGAUGUGUUGCACAGAGCUACACAACAUGGCCAAGGCAUUUGCCCUGCAGAACUUCCCAGAUGUGGCUAGCCAAGAAGAGAUCCUAAGCAUCUCUAAAGAAGACCUGGUCAGUUACCUGUCCAACGACAGUCUCAACACCAAGGCUGAGGAGCUCGUCUACGAGACUGUCAUCAAAUGGAUCAAGAGAGACCCAAACAACCGAGUACAGCACAUAUCAGAGUUGCUGGCAGUAGUGCGGCUACCGUUUAUUCACCCGAGCUACCUGCUGAACGUGGUGGACAACGAGGAGCUGAUCAAGUCGUCCGAGGCCUGCCGAGACCUAGUGAACGAGGCUAAGCGCUACCACAUGCUUCCUCAUGCACGCCAGGAGAUGCAGACACCCCGCACCCGGCCAAGAUUGUCAGCAGGAGUUGCAGAGGUGAUAGUGCUGGUCGGAGGGCGGCAGGCCAUCGGCAUGAACCAGCGCUCUCUCACUGCAGUCACCUGCUUCAACCCACAGAACAGCAAGUGGUAUCCGCUCGCUAGCCUGCCUUUCUAUGACCGCGAGUUCUUCAGUGUCAUAUCAGCAGGGGACAAUAUUUAUCUGUCAGGGGGAACAGAGUCUGGGGUGAUGGUGGCAGAUGUGUGGUGCUACAUGUCACUACUGGACAACUGGAACCUGGUGUCACGCAUGACUGUGGCACGAUGCAGACACAACAGCCUGGUGUACGACGGGAAGCUCUACACUCUCGGAGGACUCGGCAUGGCUGGGAACCUGGAUCAUGUAGAAAGGUAUGACACCAUCACUAACCAGUGGGAGACGGUGUCUCCGCUGCCCAAACCAGUGCACUCAGCAGCAGCUACAGUUUGCGGAGGAAAGAUCUACGUGUUCGGAGGAGUGAAUGAGGCCGGGCGAUCAGCCGGGGUCUUACAGUCCUACGUACCCCAAACCAACACCUGGAGUUUCAUUGAGUCCCCAAUGAUUGAUAACAAGUACGCCCCUGCUGUGAGCCUCAACGGCUUCAUCUUCAUCCUGGGAGGCGCAUACGCCAGAGCCACCACCAUCUACGACCCGGACAAGGGUAACAUCAAAGCCGGACCCAACAUGAACCAUUCCAGGCAAUUCUGCAGCGCUGUUGUCCUGGACGGGAAAAUAUACACCACAGGAGGCAUCGUGAGCAGCGAGGGACCAGCGCUAGGCAACAUGGAGACUUUUGACCCCUGCACUAACACAUGGACUCUCCUGCAGAAUCUGCCAUGCCCGCUCUUCAGACACGGCUGUGUGGUGAUCAAGAAGUACAUCCAGAGUGGCUGACAACUAGGGGGCGUGUAUAUACACACACACACCCACAUACCCACACACACACAUAUCCACACACACACCUCAAUGCACUGCAGGGAUCCAAGUCGAAACGCUACUCCCCAAACUCCAGCGGCUGUCCUGGGUGGAACGUAGUGGAGCUCCACAUGUCUACAGUCUGGAAGGGAAGUGUAGAGUAGUGAACAUUCCUCACUCACGGCUACGGUGCCAUAUGAAUAAUAAGCAAGCAUUUUGACUACAACUAACUCACUCCAAAAACUUGUUUACUUUGACAGACUUUUGUUGUUUUUUUUUUUUUUUUUUUUGCAUAUUCCUUUGAUGUUUUUUUUUCCCCCCCAAGUCAUUUUUUCCAACAAGAAAAUGGAACUUAUGAAGAGAUGCUGAAACAGUCUCGCUUCAUCGGUUCUGCUACUUGGCUUAUCAGGUCCACCGGACGAGCGUUACUCCAUCGAUUCAGAGGAAUUGAAGAUGAGAUUCCAGGAUAUAUCAGGAUAAGGUAAUGUAAUAGUUUGGCUUGAGGGUAACUUCAGUGAAGCUCACAUCUCCUCAAGACAGGAUCAUGGGUAUAAGGUGGCACCAAGUGUCCAACAGUAAAAAUGAGUUUUUCUCCUGAACACAGCCAAAGCACAAUCUAUUGAUACGAUUUGGACAAAGACACUGUAUAUUUUGUUCCUCCAUUGUAACCUGAAUCCAGCUGAAACAGGCUGUGGAUGGAGGAGUUUGGGGGCUGAGAGUCCUGUAUCAUAGGGAAGGAAAUAUGUAUAUUUUAAAACUGAAGGUAAUUCUGUAUAAAUGUUUUAAGACACUUCGAUAGGUUGUGAAAAGAAAAAUGACUGUAAAUCUGUACCCAAAAGACCAUUUACAUGUUAAUGAUGAAACAUAAAAUGGAUAAAAAAAAUAUA